CAACAAAUGGUUAGCCUAUUAGCUAGAAAUUAAGUUACUCUUCUUUCCCUUGUUCAAGUGCAUUUUAUUUGUCAAAUCUCCUUAUCGUUAAGAAUUAAAUCAUGGAAAAUGUGCAUCUUGCUGAAGAGGAGGAAGAUCUCUAUUCGGGAUAUAACGACUAUAAUCCAACGUUUGACGCCGAGGAGCUCGACAAUGAUUUGGGCUUCCAACAAGCGCUGAGGACCAGUCAUGGUAGGAGACCUCCGAUGACUGCAAAAUUCCCUGGAACUGCCACCGGAGGUCGUCCUUUGGGAACGUCCUUUGGAUCUAGGAUGCCCAUGGCCUCUUCAAUGGGUAGACCCAUGACAGGUGCUGUACAGGAUGGUGCUGCCAGACCCAUGACUGCUGUCAGAGCAGCAGGUUACACGUCUUCGUUAACCCGAGGCUCAACCUUUGAUCCACUAGGCCAGUCGAAAGGACCUGCACCUCCACUGGAGUCUAAGAAUGAGGAUACGCCUGAGGAGAAGAUCAAGAUCCUGGAGAAGAAAGUGAAUGACCUGAUAGAGGAGAGCUGCAUGGCCCACAGCCUGGGAUCCUUACAGUUGGCUCUUGAAAAAGCCAAAGAGGCGGGCAGGAAGGAGAGAGCCCUGGUGAGACAGAGAGAACAGUCUGGAAACGCAGAACACAUCAGUCUAGAUCUCACCUUUUCUGUUCUGUUCAACCUGGCCAAUCAGUAUGCUAAUAAUGAGAUGUACCCAGAGGCCUUGAACACCUACCAGGUGAUUGUGAAGAACAAGAUGUUCAGUAAUGCAGGUCGGCUGAAAGUCAACAUGGCCAACAUCUACUUGAAGCAGAAGAACUACCCCAAGGCCAUCAAGUUCUACCGCAUGGCACUGGACCAGAUAUCCAACUCCCACAAGGAUAUGAGGAUCAAGAUCCUGCAGAACAUCGGUGUGGUCUUCAUCCGCAUGGGGCAGUACUCGGAUGCUAUCACAUCCUUUGAGCACAUCAUGAGCGAGAGCCCCAACAUCAAGACGGGCUUCAACCUCAUCCUGUGCUACUAUGCCAUUGGGGACAGGGAGAGGAUGAAAAAGUCCUUCCAGAAGCUCAUCUCUGUUCCCUUGGGCAUCGAUGAAGAGGACAAGUACAUCUCUUCUAACGAUGACACCCGAGGAAAUAUGGUAAUUGAGGCAAUUAAAAAUGACAGACUUCACCAGAUGGAGAGAGAACGAAAAUCCCUGGCUGAGAAGUACAUCAUGACCUCAGCCAAGCUCAUCGCUCCAGCCAUUGAGAGCUCCUUUGCCACUGGAUUUGACUGGUGUGUGGACAUGGUGAAGAGUUCUCAGUACGUGGAGCUUGCCAAUGAUCUAGAGAUUAACAAAGCCAUCACCUACCUCAGACAGAGGGACUUCAAUCAGGCUGUGGAGACUCUGAAGACAUUUGAAAAGAAGGACAGCAGGGUGAAGAGCGCAGCAGCCACCAACCUCUCCUUCCUCUAUUUCCUGGAAAAAGACUAUGACCAGGCCGAACGUUAUGCAGACCUAGCCAUGAAUGCUGACCGCUACAACCCAGCGGCCCUCAUCAACAAAGGCAAUACAGUGUUCAUCAAGCAAGACUUUGAGAAGGCAGCCGAGUUCUACAGAGAAGCACUGAGGAACGACUCUUCCUGCACUGAGGCCCUCUACAACCUAGGCCUGAACUAUAAGAGACUGAAUCGUCUGGAGGAGGCGCUGGACUGCUUCCUGAAGUUGCAUGCCAUUCUGAGGAACAGCGCCCAGGUCAUGUUCCAGCUAGCCAAACUGUAUGAGCUGCUGGAGGAUCCUCAGCAGGCUAUAGAGUGGUUGAUGCAGCUCAUCAGUGUGACCCCCACAGACCCCCAGGUCCUGGCCAAGCUGGGGGAACUCUAUGACAACGAGGGGGACAAAUCCCAGGCCUUCCAGUACUACUCUGAGUCCUUUAGGUAUUUUCCAUCGAAUAUUGAUGUGAUCGAGUGGCUGGGAGCUUACUACAUCGAGACCCAAUUCUGUGAGAAAGCCAUCCAGUACUUUGAGAGAGCCACACUCAUUCAGCCGACUCAAGUGAAGUGGCAGCUAAUGGUUGCAAGCUGCUACAGGAGAAGUGGAAACUAUCAGAAGGCUCUAGAAACCUACAAGGACAUCCACCGCAAGUUCCCAGAGAAUGUAGAAUGCCUGCGUUUCCUGGUCAGGCUGUGUACAGACAUGGGGCUAAAGGAAGUUCAGGAAUACGCCACCAAGCUGAAGAAGGUAGAGAAGAUGAAGGAGAUCAGAGAACAGAGGGUGAAGUCAGCAAGGGAGGGCAGUGCCAGAGGCCGUAAGGAUGGCAGAGAGGGCAGUGCAGGUAGUGACAGCAGCCACAGCAGCCAGGGUACCAACAAUAAGGCAGACCGGCUGAGUGCCAAGCUGAGGGCUCUUCCCGGUUCUAAUGAGCCCUAUGAGGCCAGCAGCCAGAGGGAACUGGAUGCGUCCUAUGUUGACCCACUGGGGCCUCAGAUGGAGAGGCCAAAGACUGCAGCCAAAAAGCGUGUGGAAGAAGAUGACUUCGCUGAUGAGGAGCUGGGAGAUGACCUCUUGCCAGAGUAGCUCCUUUCAUUGUCUUCCCGCUAAGGUUCUUGACUCCUCACUAUAAAAUUGAAGCUGGGGUUGCACAUAUCUGAUUUUUAACUGUGAGUAACCCAGAUCUAAUAGUGUCUAGUCUUUUCACUUUUGAACAGCAACAACUUGCUGCACACUUGUAGUAGCCCCAAUGGAAAUGAGUUGAAUCAGCACAUUAAAAAAUAUACAUUAAAAAUAAGAUGUAGAAGAAAAACUAUUCGAAAAUGAUAUACUUUCAAAUCUACUCAGAAAGAACAUCUUCUGCCACAACUUUUUAACUGUAUUGUAUCAAACUGUCAUUUUCAUUGAGGCUAUGAGUGGGAGCCAGUUUACCAUGGUACCCAAGUUCUGCUUGACUAUCAGCCUCUAAAUCAGAACAGAAUACCUUUUAACUUUUUUCUCCAUCUUUCUCUUUAAAUUGGCUUAUCAAAUCUGAGUUAAAAAUCAAAAAUCUGAUUGCCUCUCGCACACACAUACGACUUUAACAGGGGGAAUUUUUUUUUCAUACAUCAGAUAAUAUUUAACAUUAAGUAAAAAACUAUAACUCUAAUAUUUGAGAGAGGUCACCUCCAGAAACACCAAAAAUGUGCAGAAGUAAUUUUAUACCUUUUUUUUUUAUUUAGUACUUAACACAGAGCUGUACACUCUUUGUUGUUAUGUAAAGGUAAAGUGUUCUAUUAUUAAAAAAAUAAGGGGUGCCCCGGUGGCUCACCUGGUAGAGCGCGUACCACAUAAAGCUGAGUCCUUACCACAGCUGCCUGGGCUCGAAUCCGGCCCGGGCCCUUUGCUGCAUGUCAUCCCUUCUCUCUCCCCUGCCUUUCCUGUCUCUCUCAUGACUAUCACUAUCAAAUAAAG